CCCUGCUAACCUUCGUCGCGUUGCUCCUUUUCAGUCACGUCAAUUGAGCGUACGAAAUUCUCAAGCCUUCACGAAUAAGCUCAAAUCCCCAUGUCGACUCGAAAUGGCGCCUCGUAGCGGCGGCGAGGACGAGAGAGGGAGCUCUGGAGCCAUGGAGCUGAUUGACCCGUCUGUGCCAACGACAGCCAACAGUCUGGCCUUGGACAGAAAUGAAAGCCCCUUACACUUUAGCUGUGUUCGAAGAUGGACCUGUACAAUCAUAGUUACCCUCAUGACCGCCAUCGUCGCUUUCUGCUCGUCUAUUCAUACCGCAGCCAUAACUGCCAUUGCCAACGAUCUCAACUGUUCCAUAACUGUCUCGACACUUGGCGUGAGCACUUUCCUACUGGGUUUUGCCUCCGGACCUUUGAUAUACGCCCCGCUGUCUGAGGUAUACGGCCGCAAUCCUAUCUACCGCAUUACGUUUCUCCUAUUUGUUCUGUUCAACCUCGGAUGCGCCCUUUCGCCCAAUAUUGCGGCGUUGCUAGUUUUCCGAUUUCUGUGUGGUUUCUUCGGCUCUCCAACUGUCACCAACUCAGGAGGAUCAAUAACCGACCUCUGGCCACCCAGCCAUCGCUCUGUCCCUCUGGCUUUAUUCACAGCCGCUAGCUUUUUGGGGCCAGUCAUAAGCCCUAUUGCAGCUGGAUUCCUCACAAAGUAUACCUCGUGGAGAUGGGACUACUGGCUCGUGGCCAUAAUGAGUGGAUUAGUCUACAUUCUCAUGUUUCUCUUACUACCAGAGACGUAUCAGCCGAGGCUCCUACAAGAAAAAGCACGAAGACUUGGCAUAGGCGCCGCACCGCUAGGCCUGGGUGAAAUGCUCCGCACCAGUCUCACGCGACCAACCGUCAUGUUCCUCACGGAACCCAUCCUCUUCCUCCUGUCUCUAUAUAUGGCCUUCGUCUAUGGUAUCCUUUAUCUAGACUUUACCGCGUAUCCGUUCGUCUUUAUGCAGACAAGGCACUGGGAUGCCGACCUGGCAAGCCUUUCAUUUCUAGGUAACCGCCACACUCAGACCUCACUCUCCUUUUCUCUCUUCAUGUUUCUUUCUUGCUCUGUCUCUGUCUACGCAUCUUUAUAUCUCUCUAUGUCUUGCAUGUGUGGAAGCGUGCUGAUGAUAAUGACAGGAAUCGGUGCUGGAAUGGCCAUUGCGACCGCCGCGUCACCAUACAUCAAUCGGGUUUACGCCCACUACAUUAAGAAAUGGGGCGAGCCAAGGCCUGAAGCUCGUCUUCCCCAUCUCAUUUUACUAUCAUGGCUCAUUCCCAUAGGGCUAUUUUGGUUUGCUUGGACAUCCAUGCCAUCGAUUCACUGGGCUAGCUGCAUAGUCGCUGGUAUCCCCUUUGGGAUAGGGUUUGUGACCUUAUUCCUAGGAAUCACCUCCUACCUGAUCGAUUGCUAUGGCCGGUAUUCUGCGAGCGCACUCGCAGCAAAUGCCAUACUCCGGUCGCUAUUUGGUGCUGGGUUUCCUCUAUUUUCCCGUCAAAUGUAUAACAAGUUAGGGUCGUCCUGGGCUACGUCGAUCUUGGGAUUCUUUGCUGUGGCAAUGGCUCCUAUGCCGUAUGUGUUUUAUAAGUUUGGUCCACGCAUCCGAGCUAGAUCCAAAUUUCAUCAGAAGACUGUCCAAGAGGAUAGGAUGCAGAUAGACCGAUAGGCGAAGCGGCUACCACCUCCGAUAGAGCUGAAAGAAGAGCUCGUUCUCACUUGACUUGCUGGGUCUAUAGAACGUUGAUACCGAUCUAGGCGCAGUUUUAAUAGCAAGUCCGGAGGUUGCGACAAUACAAGAUGCCUUAAGUUACCUGAGCUGAGAUUAGC